AUGUUAUCUACACUGAAUCAUAGUCGUUCUCUUGCGGUGACAGUUGGUAGUACUGUUUCUGCUCAAGUUACUGCCAUCACUGGUAGUUCGAGGCAUUUCGCUGGUAAAGCUUCCUCUAGUGGUGGUGAGUGGCAGACUAUGGAUGGCUGUGGUGCUGUGUGCCAUUCAUCUUAUGCUCUGAUGGAUACUGCUUACAUUUACCCGAUCACUCCCACGUCUCCAGCUGCUGAGCUUGCUGAGCAAUGGUCGGCUCUUGGUGUUAAGAAUGCUUUUGGUGAUGUGCCCAAGAUCACGCAAAUGCAGUCUGAAGCAGGCGCUGCUGGCGCCCUUCAUGGUGCUUUAGCGGCUGGUUCUUUGGCCACUACGUAUACUGCCAGUCAGGGUCUUCUUCUUAUGAUACCUAAUAUGUAUAAGAUAGCUGGUGAACUUCUCCCCUGCGUUAUGCAUGUGGCUCCACGUGCUCUCUCUGGUCAAGCCUUAUCCAUCUUCGGUGAUCAUCAGGAUAUCAUGGCUGUUCGUCAAACAGGUUUUGCUAUGAUUGGCGCCGAUACCGUCCAAGAAUGUCAUGAUAUGGCUCUCGUAGCUCACUUGGCUACUCUCAGAGCCAGAGUGCCGUUCGUGAACUUUUUUGAUGGAUUCCGUUUAUCCCAUUGCAUUGAAAAAGUCGAUACUUUGCCUUAUAAUCAAAUAAGGAGAAUGGUCGAUAUGAAGGCACUAAAUGCUCAUCGUGCAAGGGCCCUCAAUCCUACUCGCCCUUAUGUUCGUGGUACUAAUCAGAACCCUGAUGUUUAUUUCCAACAGUUCGAGGCUUGUAACGCUUUCUAUGAUAAGACUCCCCAAAUUGUGAAGGAGGAGAUGGACCGUGUUGGCGCUGUUACUGGUCGUCACUAUGACCUCUUCCAAUGGUCCGGUCCGAAGGACGCUGAGGCGGCGAUUGUUAUUUUGGGUUCUGGUGCUAGUGUUGUUGAGGAAACUUUGCCCGCUCUUAACACACAGGGCAAAAAGAUUGGUGUGCUCAAGCCUCGUCUUUACCGUCCCUGGUCUGCUGAAGACUUCCUCAAGGCUUUGCCCAAUUCUGUUAAGCGCAUUGCUGUCCUUGAUAGGACUAAGGAGCCUGGUGCUCUCGGAGAGCCUCUCUAUUUGGAUGUUGCCAGCACUAUUCAGGAGUCUGGCCGUUCGAAUAUUAAGGUGGUUGGUGGCCGUUGGGGUCUCGGACAGAAGGAUUUCACACCGGAAUGUGUUGCUGCUGUGGCUGACAAUCUUUAUGCUCAAUACCCCAAGGAUCACUUCUCCGUGGGGAUCGAGGAUGAUGUGACUCACAAGUCGUUAUCUCUUGAUAAUGAGAUCAAUGUGUCUCAUCCCAAGACAGUUGAGUGUCUUAUCUACGGUUAUGGGUCUGAUGGUACUGUUGGUGCUAACAAGAACGCAACCAAGAUCAUCGGUGAUAAUACUGACCUCUACGUCCAGGCAUACUUCGCCUAUGGUUCACAGAAGGCUGGUGGGUUGACUCUAUCUCAUUUGAGAUUCGGUCCCGAGCCUAUAAAAUCCUAUUACUCGGUUCGCAAGGCCGACUACGUCGGAUGCCACAAUCCUAGCUACUUAGAGAUGUACCGUAUGACUGAUCACCUCAAGGAAAACGGUACCUUCUGCUUGAACUCGCCCUUUACUACGGUUGAGGAAUGGAACAAACAUGUCCCUGCAGGUGUCCGAAAGGCUCUCGCUGAUAAGAACGCUAAGGUCUUCAAUGUCGACGCUUUUAAGGUUGCCCAGGAAUGUGGUAUGGGCCGCAUGAUCAAUGUUGUUAUGCAGUCUGCCUUCUUCAAGCUUGCAAACGUUAUGGAUUUCAAGGAGUGUAUCGGUCUGUAUAAGAAUACCAUCAGAAAGAGUUAUGGCCAUCGUGGUGAGGCUGUUGUCCAGAAGAACUACGAGAUGAUCGACAAGGCUCUUGAUGCAAUUACUGAGAUCAAGGUUCCUGCUGAAUGGAAGAAUCUAUCGGAUAGUAUGCUCAAUUAUGAACAGACUUAUCAUAAUGCUCUCGGUAACUUGGCUAAGGAUAAGAGUGCUAUUAAUAAGCCGAGCUUCACUGAGAAUAUUCAGGCUCCUAUUGCUCUUCUCCAAGGUGAUAAUAUUCCAGUUAGUGCAUUUUCCAACGACGAACUCGUUGGCGGUAAGGUUCCUCUUGGAACCGCCAAGGUCGAGAAGCGUGGCGUUGCUCUGAUGAUCCCCAUGGUUGAUAUGGACAAGUGCACUCAAUGCAAUACUUGCUCUAUGGCAUGUCCUCACGCUGUCAUCAGACCCUUCUUACUAUCUCAAGCAGAGGAUGAUGCCAAGCCUAGUACCUUCGAGACUCGUAAGGCCAAGGGUGGUGCCGAAGUCGCCGGUCUACACUAUAGGAUUCAGCUCUCGCCGUUGGAUUGUACUGGUUGUGAGGUCUGCGUUCACGCAUGCCCUGAUGAUGCUCUGACUAUGAAGAGCUUCAUCGAUUUCAAGGACGAUCAAUCACAGAAUUGGGAGUAUGCUAUGGGUCUCCCUGAUCGAUCUUCAAGGUUUGAUACCACCACCCUCAAGGGCAGUCAGUUCUACCAACCUCUGCUCGAGUUCAGUGGUGCUUGUGCUGGCUGUGGUGAGACUCCCUAUGUUCGCCUUCUUACCCAGAUGUUCGGCGACCGAUUGAUGAUUGCUAAUGCUACCGGUUGCUCCAGUAUCUGGGGUGCUCCCUACGGUUCUACUCCUUUCGCUGCGAGGCACGAUGGGACUGGUCCCGCCUGGGCCAACAGUCUUUUCGAAGACGCUGCAGAAUAUGGUAUGGGUAUGGCUGUGACCACCUCUGUCCGUCGUAAGGCGCUCAAGGCUCGUGUGCAGGAACUUCUUCUCGAAGGAAAGGAUAGUCCGCUCUCGCCUGAGUUGUACACCCAGUUGAAUGAGUGGGUUGAGAACUUCAGGAAUCCUUCUGUGUGCGCCGCUCUUUCCAAGUCUCUCCCGCCUCUUCUCAAGGCUGGGGCCAGUAAGGAUCCUGCUAUUCAGGAGAUUCUUGAUGUGUCCGAUUUGAUUCCUAAGAUCUCUAACUGGAUCAUCGGUGGUGAUGGUUGGGGUUAUGAUAUCGGUUAUGGUGGACUCGAUCACGUCAUUGCUUCCGGCCAGGACUUGAACGUUUUAGUUUUGGAUACUGAGGCUUAUUCAAACACUGGUGGUCAGAAGUCCAAGGCUACUCCCAUUGGUGCUGUUGCCAAGUUUGCUACCCUGGGCCACGAGAGAGAGAAGAAGAAUUUGGCUGAGCUCGCCAUGGAUUAUGGUACUGUGUACGUUGCAAGUGUUUCCAUGGGUGCCAACUAUCAGCAGACUCUGAGGGCCUUCUCUGAAGCUGAGGGCUAUGAUGGCUGCUCUGUUAUCGUGGCUUACUCACCCUGCAUUGAGCAUAAGAAUCUCGAUGGUAUGACUCACACUAUGCAACAUCAGGCUACUGCUGCUGCGUCUGGUUACUUCCCGAUCUAUCAUUACAAUCCGAUGUUGAAGAAGUUGGGUAAGAACCCCUUCGUUCUUGAUACCAAAAAACUCACUGAGAACGUAGACGCAGUCCUUAACAAUGAGAUGCGUUUCGGUGCCUUGAAGAAGCGUGAUGCCGAUUUGUACAAGAAGUACAGGUCUGAGCUUGACUCUUGGGUGCGUGAACGUUACAGCAAGUACCAGAGAUGGGCUGCUUUGGGUCAGGAUGAUAUCUCUAAUGGUGUUCCGCUGACUCUUCUGUACGGCACCGAGACCGGUACUACCGAGGCCUUGGCUUAUCGUGUUGCUGAACUUGCCCGUCAGCGUGGUUACGCUGUGAAGGUCAUGGAGUGCGAUGAGAUGGACGUGAGUGAGCUCCCUGAAAACAAGAACCUUAUGGUCCUUUGCUCCACUACGGGAGAGGGUACUACCCCAAGAACUGCUCUCGACUUUACCUCACAGUUGCAAUCUGCUGUUAAGGACGACUCCAAUGCUAAUCUGUUGGAUGGUGUCCAAUACGGUGUCUUUGCUUUGGGUGACUCCAGUUAUCAUCACUUUUGCACUGCUGGCAAGAGAAUCGACGAUCUCUUUGCUCAGAUGGGCGGUCAAAGGACAGUUGCCAUUGGUCUCGGUAACGAUCAGGAUGAUGACAAGUAUGAGACUGCCUUCGAGGAUUGGAUGCCGAGUUAUUGGAAGUCUGUGAAUGCCCCUGAGCCUGUUGAUGACGGGUCCAUUCCCGACUCUCAGUUCGAGGUUCGUGAGCUUGACUCUGAUGAAGUCGUGGUCGCUCCUUAUGAGAGGAUCAUGCCUCCUCAAACUAUUCAGCUUGGUUUGAAGAAGAACGAUCGUCUUACUCCCAGCGACUACGAGAGGGAUAUCCGUCAUUUGCGCUUCGAAUUGGAGGAUGGUCAGGAUCUUCCCUAUCUUCUUGGUGAUGUCCUCAAUAUCCACCCCAUGAACGAGGCUGGCAGAGUUAGUGCUUUCCUUCAGUCUUAUGGUCUCAACCCCUCGGAGAUGGUCAAGAUCACUCCUGUAUCCGAGAAUAUUGAUGCUCGCAAACGCGCUGCUUCUCUCCGUCCCCGUACUAUCUCCCAGCUCUUCCAGGAGUCUUUGGACAUCUUCGGUCGUCCCAACAGGGCUUUCUACAAGACUCUGUCUAAGUUCGCUUUAGAUCCCAAGGAAAAGGCUGAGCUGGCGUUGAUCGGCAACCCCGAUGAUACCAAGGGUCGUGAUAUGUACACCAAGCUGGCUGGUGAGACUGUGACCUUCGCUGAUAUCCUCGAUAAGUACACCAGUGCUCGUCCUUCUCUUGAUCAGUUGAUCACUCUCAUCCCUUGCACUAAGCCUAGGCUCUAUUCCAUUGCUAGUUCCCCGAGGUUCGUUGGUCCUAAGGCCAUCGAGCUUGCUGUUGUGAUUGUUAACUGGACUACUGCCUCUGGUGUCCGAAGAACUGGUACUGCUACCGAUUAUAUUCAGCGUAUCGUGCCGGGUCAGAAGACUACCGCUACUAUCACUUCUGGUAGCUUCAAGUUCCCCGAGAGCCCGAUGACACCUAUGAUCAUGGCUGGCCUUGGUACUGGUCUUGCUCCCUUCCGCGCCUUCUCUCAAGAGCGCGCUUGGAUGAAGCGCCAGGGCAUCCAGACUGGUCCCAUGUGGCUCUUCUAUGGGUGCCGUCAUCAGAGCAAGGAUUACAUCUUCGGUAACGAGCUGGAGGGCUUCGUAAAGGAGGGUGCCAUCACUGAACUUCAUCCCGCAUUCUCUCGUGACCAGAAGGAGAAGGUCUAUGUGCAGAACAAGAUCGAUGAUAACAGCUCUCGUGUGUAUGAGGAUCUCAUUAAGAAAGGUGGUUACUUCUAUCUUUGCGGACAGGCUGGUCAGGUUGAGAACGACAUCAGAAGUGCCGUCUAUCGCGCUAUUGCUAAGGGCGAGAACGUUUCGAUGGAUAAGGCUAAGGCUAUCUUUGAAGACCUUGCGGAAAAUGACCGUUAUUGUCCUGAGGUGUACUGA